GGGAAAUACAUCGAUCUUUCUUUGAAUGACAUAUUGAGAGAUGUCAGGUCCAGAGUUGCAAGACUUGUGUAGAUUAUGUGGGGUUUUGAGGCGUUCGGAAUCACAUCGAAAUCCUACACGGAAGGAGGAUGUUUCGAAAAUUAUUCGAGCUGGCCUGAACAUCAACGUAGAAGAAGAUGUCACUGGGAUUCAUCCACCCUACAUUUGCCGACCGUGCGAGAUGAAGUUGCGGAGAUGGUGGGAUGCAACAAAGAAAAAGAAGAAGGCCUCCCUCAACAUCAAAGUUUCUAAUUUUCCAAGGGGUGAAGGGAUCUCUUCACAAUCGACCACGGCCACGUUGGCGAAAGUUGAAUGGGAGGAAGCAGCUCGAAGUGCAGGCCUCAACACAUGGUUGACAGAUAGUCGUCUUCAAGUCAUGAAGAUGGAUGGUGAGGGUAUGCCCUCUGUGUUUUUUACAGUAUUUGAUGACUGUACGUGGCGUUUGAUUGUAGCCGGUAUUGUUGCACAAGGGGACCUUCCCGUCUGUUGUGGGCACCCAAGGGUUCUGAGUGUGGAAGAUUUCCAGGAUAUGCUGCGGAAGUUGUCUUCACUAUUUGUUUGUGAGGGAAACAAAGAUCUUCAUGGCGUUGUGGAGGCAAGGAAGGGGGCAGAAGGUCAGAUGCCAAUCAGGAUUACAGCCAAUGACAUCUACUGUCAGGGGACAGUUAGACACAUCAAAUGUCUCCUUCUUAGUAAUAGGCCCCGGUGUGAUGUGUGCAGGAUUCAUCGGAGUGACUUGAUGGUCCUUGCAAGUCGGGAGAAAGGAAAGUUGUUCAAGGAUGUGUCCGUCGAUUCCACAAUUCCAAACAAGAACUUGACAAAUCAACAGCUUCAACAGAAAGUGUCCCUUCUGCAGACCGAAAGGAGAAACCUGAAACGACGAAGUCUAGCCUUGAAGGACAAAGUAGCCUCCAUGCUGGAAAAGGAGAAUGUGGCGGUUGAUGGAAUUCAGCAUAAGCAGUUAUCAGCGACAGUAGGUGAUUGUGAUGACGAGAUGAAGAAAAUCCUUGGGUUGAGCUCCCCAGCAAGGCUGUUAUGGGAACAGCAAAAGGAGUCGGCUCUGAAGGGCAAACAGAUGCGAUGGCAUCCUGCCAUUAUCAGAUGGUGCAUUGCCCUUCAGAGCAAGUCCUCAGCAGGGUAUGGUCUUCUUCGUGAUUCAGGCUUUCUUAAGCUACCCCACCCGAGCACGCUGCAUUCAUACAGCCAUUUUGCCAGCCUCACUACAGGGUUAUAUGCCUCUAUGCUUGCCAGGAUUUAUCAGGACUGGCAUCUGGAGACGGUUCCUGAGUUCGAACGCAAUGUGUCUCUUCUAUUUGAUGAAAUGAAGGUGAAAGCAGGCUUGGCCUUCUCUGUGAGGUCUGGGAAAAUCAUGGGUUUCACUGAUUUGGGGAGUGUGGCCAACGAGAUUGCUGCUUUUGAAAGGAGGUGCAGAGGAGACGAGGAGCCAACCAUAGCAACUCAUGUCAUGGUUCUGAUGGUGAGGGGCAUUUUCAGUUCUUUACGUGCUCCAGUGGCGUAUUUCCCAACUACCGGCAUCACAGGCGACCAGUUGUACCCGUGCAUGUGGGAAGCUGUUUUGUGGUUAGAAACAGCUGGGCUGCAGGUUCGGGGUUUGGUGUCCGAUGGAGCCUCUCCAAAUAGGAAAUUCUAUCGGUUACACGGAGAGAGUUCUGAGACGAGUGUGCCAACGUAUUGCACUCCGAAUCCCUUUGACCCCAACCGGAAAAUCUUUUUCCUGUGCGAUGUUCCCCAUCUGCUGAAAACAACAAGGAACAACUUCGAGAAUUCGGGAUACAAUCGGCAGACAAGGACACUCUGCUACCAUAAGCAAGACAUCAAGUGGACGCAACUCCUUCAGUUGUAUGAGUGGGAUGUCGGCUUGGAUCGCCAUUCACCGGGUCUCCGUCGCCUGCACAAGAUAACCUAUGAACAUCUGCACCUAACUCCGUCCCUCAGAAUGCGGGUGUACAUGGCUGCACAGGUUAUGAGCUCCACGGUUGCCAACACUCUUGAUGCACAGAUGAAGGCAGGCAAGGUUGGUCUGGAGUCCACCAUCAAAUUCAUCAGAUACAUUGAUGACUUCUUUGACUGCCUGAAUGUCUCCAAUGCCUACGAUUACGCUCGCCUCAGGAAGCCCAACUUGGAACCUUACAUCAGUGCUGAGGAUAAAAGAUUUGACUGGCUGAUGCACGACUUCCUUGGUUUCCUUGAUGAAUGGGAGGCUGAAGUUGAGUCACACCCAGCCCUGGAUAAGACAGCCAAGGCGAAGAUGAUCCUCAGCAAGGAAACUCUCAAGGGGAUGAGAAUAACAGUGCAUUCAUUUGUUGAGCUAGGGAGGCUGCUGCUCAAGCUUCCUGGUGUGACUUUUCUUCUAAGCGAGAAAUUUAAUCAGGAUCCUUUGGAGCAGUAUUUUAGCAAGCAGCGUGGCACAGGUGGCUGCAGCGAUAGCCCGACCGUCGAGCAGUUUGGUCAUAACAUGCAGGCCCUGUAUGUUGCAUCCAGCUGCGUCAAAGCAUCUAAGAGAGGCAACUGCAAAGUACAGGGUGCAGAUGAAGUGGCUGCUCUUGAUAGCACACCUCUUCCUCGGAGAAAGUAA